UGUUCGUGGCCAUCCAUCCAAAUGCCUCCCCCCUUGCCUUUAACGUACCCCUCAUACAGAUUCUCCCACUUCUCUCUCCUCUCCCAGAUUUUUUUUCUCUCACUCACUCAUUACUUCUCUCUCUCUCUCUCUCUCUCUCUGUAUGUGUAGUUCUACGUUCACUUCUUCUUCUUGCUCUUCUUCUCGCUUUCGCUUUUGAGGAUCGCCGUUCGCUCCAAUUCCGUCUGCUCCUCAGUUAUUUAGUAUGCUGCAAGCAAAACCCGAGGGAGAGCUUGAAGUUAGCUUUGGUUAUCAAUGCAAUGGUAUCAUAAACGGCAUUCAUGAGGUUUCUGACAAGAUCGAGAUCCAGCCGCCCGGACUUCGAAGGGUCAGCAGUUUCUCUUGCUUAUCUGGGGCUGCCUUGAGUGCAAAUGCCACCCUAGCAAACACAAAUAUAUGCAAUGGGUUGAUAGGAAUAGAAAUACUGCCGACCUGGGACUCUCCUAACUCCUUCCGCAGGGUUCCCUCAUCACCUACUCUUUCAAGGUUGGAUAUAUUGUCAUCGUCUCUGCAGAGUAGCCUGUCAAACUUAAGUUGCAGUCCAACGACCCCAACAUCCGAAUAUGAUUCAUAUUUGUUGAAAUCCAUGAGUGCUCCUUCUGGAAGCGAAGGUUUUCUUAAUGUUAAGGAACUGCAAGUGGCAGGUGGAGCUGCUGGUGAAGACAGGGUCCAAGCUGUUUGUUCUGAAGAAAAUGGAUGGCUAUUUUGUGCAAUUUAUGAUGGUUUUAAUGGAAGAGAUGCCGCUGAUUUUCUUGCUGGCACAUUGUAUGAAACCAUCGUAUUUUAUUUUAACCUACUAGACUGGGGGAAUGAAACCGCCUACGACGGUUUGGACACAGAUAAUUCACAUCUUCUUGAUGAUAGUAGUAUUACUCAUGGAAGAUUUUCUCCUUUAAAGAACAAUAGUAAAAUUGCUUCUGAUAUCAAUAAUAUCUUCGAGAACCUUUCACAUGCCGAAGCAGGAAUGUCAACUAAUCAUCUAAGGCAUGGGGUGCUCGAUAGCCUCCAGCGUGCUCUUAGUCAAGCAGAGAAUGAUUUUCUGCACAUGGUUGAACAGGAAAUGGAGGAUCGUCCUGAUUUAGUUUCUGUCGGAUCUUGUGUUUUAGUGGUGCUUCUUCAUGGAAUGGAUUUGUAUACGCUAAAUUUAGGUGACAGUAGAGCAGUACUAGCUACCCUUGAUGAAGGUGCUAUGAAAGGGAAUGGAGGACUGAAAGCUGUCCAACUAACCGAGAGUCACACUGUGGAUAAUGAACUUGAGAGAGCACAGUUACAACAUGUUCAUCCUGAUGAUCCUGCAACCAUCGUUGGUGGCAAAGUCAAAGGAAAACUGAAGGUGACUCGUGCUUUUGGAGUUGGCUACUUGAAGACGAAAAAGUUUAAUGAUGCUUUGAUGGGUAUUCUUCAAGUUCGUAACCUAAUUAGCCCUCCCUAUAUUUCCACUCAACCGGCAUUGUCUGUCCAUAGGAUAUCAAAAUCAGAUUGCUUUGUUAUAGUUGGCAGUGAUGGUUUAUUUGACUUUUUUGGCAAUGACGAGGCAGUGAACCUUGUCCAUUCAUAUAUCCUGAGCAACCCAACUGGUGAUCCUGCAAAAUUUUUGCUGGAGCAGCUCUUAUUGAAAGCAGCUGAUUGCGCAGGUUUUAGCAAGGAAGAAUUAAUUACCAUUCCUGCCGGCAGGAGAAGAAAAUAUCAUGAUGAUGUAACUGUUAUUGUAAUCAUCCUUGGAACAAACCAGCGCACCACAAGAGCAUCUACCAGCAUGUAGACGUGCGGCCAUCUCCUCGAGAGUAAAGGCAAGUAGUUAAGGUGACAACACUCCAUCCAGAUAGCCCCAGGAAAUAACUUUGUGUGCAAAUUGGCAAAAAUAAUGGAAUGAAAAAUGAGGUGAUGUGAAGAGUAAGAGCUGUCCCAUUUUCCCACGCCAUGUGAGAUUUCCACGCAACAUAAUUUUUGACAGAGAAAGGAAAGGUAAAAGGACAACACAAUUAACUAUGUAGAUGAAAACCUCUCUCUAUCUCUCUCUGUGCUGUAGCAGUUCCAAGUCUUGUUGACAUUAAGGUGGUAGUUGGUCUUCUGUAUGACACCAUAUUUACUUCUUCUUUCUCUCACAAAAACUGCUGAUCGUCACUUUGUCAGCAAACUUCCCUUCCCUUUCAGUCUCAGCUCCCCCUACUUCUUCCUAUAGAAUAUUUGCAGAGGUACAAAACUUGAUCCUGAUGAUUCAGGAAGAAGCUCCUUUUGAAUUCAUGGGUGGUCCAAUAAUAUAUAAAUAAGUGUAUUUUUUAGUUUUGUAUAUUUACUAUGUGAUUCACCUAUCUAUAUGUUAUUGGACCACAUAGAAAUUUAAGAGGAGCUUCCUCCUGAAUCUUCAAGAGGGAAGUUUUUUCCCCUGUGGAUAUAUGUUUAGUCUUACAAAGCCCCUAUAACUGAC